UUUAUUAUUAUUAUUAUUAUUCUGAUUUUCCUGGGAUUUCCCUGCAUGGUCUGAGCGCAGCUUCAUGCCCACCCGGCCAUGCCCGGCUCCGCUCUCGGCCCGCUGCCAUGUGCCUCUGAGUGAGCGCUUCGGCAACGUCGGGGCGCAGCCGGCCGGGCCCUGAGCAGCCGCCGCCGCCGAGGACGGAACAUGUAUCAGGGCCUGGCCCUCGCCCCCAACCAUGGCCAGUCGGCUUAUUCCCACGACUCCGGCAAUUUCCUGCACUCGUCGGCCGGCUCGCCCGUCUACGUGCCCACCACCCGGGUGCCCUCCGUGCUGCAGACGCUCCCCUACCUGCAAAGCUGCGAGCCGCACCAAAGCCACCUCGGCAACCCUCCGGGCUGGGCUCAGAGCAGCGGCGAAACCACCGCCUUCAACGCCGGCAGCCCGCACCCGCCGUCGGGUUUCUCGUACCCCCACAGCCCCCCGGGCAGCAGCCCCCCGGGGCGCGACGGUGCCUACCAGGGGCCCCUGCUGCUGGGCGGCGGGGGCCGGGAGCAGUACAGCAACGCUUUGGUGCGCUCGGUUAACGGGUCCUACUCCAGCCCCUACCCUGCCUACGUGACCCCCGAGCUACCGCCUUCGUGGACGGCCGGACACUUUGAGAGCAGCGUGCUGCACAGCCUGCAGACGAGGCAGGCGGCCCUGCCCGGCCGCAGGUCAACCUUCGAGUAUUUGGAGGAGUUCCCCGGGGAUGGUCGGGAGUGUGUGAACUGUGGGGCCAUGUCCACACCGCUCUGGAGGAAGGAUGGCACCGGGCACUACCUGUGCAACGCCUGUGGGCUCUACCACAAAAUGAACGGCAUCAACCGGCCGCUCAAACCCCAGAAGAGGCUGUCUUCAUCGAGACGUGCUGGCCUAUGUUGCACUAACUGCCACACAACCAACACCACUCUCUGGAGGAGGAACGCCGAAGGGGAGCCCGUCUGCAACGCCUGCGGCUUGUACAUGAAGCUCCAUGGGGUACCAAGACCUCUGGCCAUGAAAAAGGAAAGCAUCCAGACAAGGAAAAGGAAGCCAAAAAACAUUACCAAAGGCAAAACCUCAACAGGGUCCACCACUUCGGCCACGAACUCCCCUUCCUCCAUUACGAACUCAGACAGCACGGUCACUUUAAAGUCGGAGCCCAGCACAACCUCGCAGUACCCCGGGCAGGGCAUUGUGUCGGUGUCCCAGGCGCAGAGCCAGUCAGACGAGGCGCUGGCCGGCGGCGAGUUCAAAUUUGAGCCGGAGGACUACCCCUUCUCUCCCAGCAGCAUGGCCCCGCAGCCAGGGCUGAGCGUGCCGCUGCGGCAGGACUCAUGGUGUGCCCUGGCGCUCGCAUAGAACCCCUCGUGCCCGCAGCCUGGCUCACCGUGGGACAGGCUUCUCUUGGAGGAUGUGGGAGGAAGAUGCCGGCUGGAUGGGGUACCCAGAAAGCUCCUCCCCAUCCGAGGAGACCCAGGGUGACUUCCCUGAGGCUGCCUUUUUUUCCUCCCGGAAAGCUGUCCUCCUUUGAGAUGCAACCAGCAAAUAAACGCAUCCCAGAAUCUAUGUUUAUUCGCAGUGAUUUCUCCCUCCUAUGACUCCUCUGUGUGCAAUUUAUUCCACUUUCCAAUAAAGACUGUAAUAACGUG